AUGGCAAGGCUGGCGUACAACUUCUGUCCAUUUACAGUUGGACUAAUGCGGAAGGUUAAAGUUGUCAGCUAUUGGUUUUUGAUAUUCAGUUUUUUCGGUCUUCACACUGCAAUCAUGCUGCUUAAAUUUUUCGGGAACGCAAUUAGAAGACCGUCAGAAACCUUUAAAUGGAGAAUCCGCGAAACUCCUCCUGCUUGUUUGAAUGAUUCUUCCUUGGGAACGCACUGUUAUGUGAGGUUAAAGGAGUCUGGCCUAAGGUUCCACUAUGUGGCCGCAGGGGAGAAGGGCAAACCACUGAUGCUGUUGUUACACGGCUUCCCAGAGUUCUGGUACUCCUGGCGCCAUCAGUUGCGUGAGUUCAAGAGCGAGUUUCGGGUGGUGGCGGUGGACAUGCGGGGGUACGGGGAGACGGAUACGCCCGUUUCCACGCAGGGCUACCGGCCAGACUGCCUAAUUACGGACGUCAAGGACAUCGUGGAGUGCCUGGGUUAUAACAGAUGUUUCCUCAUUGGUCACGACUGGGGCGGGUUCAUCGCCUGGCUCGUCGCCAUCCGUUACCCAGAGAUGGUGACAAAACUGAUCAUCCUCAAUUCUCCCCAUCCCUCUGCUGUUGCAGAUUACACCCUCCGCCACCCCACCCAGCUGGUCAAGUCCCUCUCCAUCCUCCUCUUCCAGUGUCCACUCCUCCCCGAGCUCCUGCUGUCCAUCAAUGACCUCCAGGCUCUGAAAAGCCUGUUUACCAGCAACAGCACAGGGAUUGGGCGCAAGGGUUGUUCAAUGACCAAAGAGGACAUGGAGGCCUACCUGUAUGUCUUCUCCCAGCCAAGAGCCCUCACCGGCCCACUCAACUACUACAGAAAUAUCUUCAGUUUUCUUCCCCGGAGCCAGCGAGAGCUGAAAUGUCCAGUGCUGCUUAUGUGGGGUGAGAGAGAUGCCUUCCUGGAGCAGGGCUUAGCAGAGGCAUCUCGCCUCUACAUCAGCGGCUACGUCCGUCUGAACGUCAUCUCGGGGGCGAGCCACUGGCUUCAGCAGGACCGGCCCGACGUCGUCAACACCCUGAUCUGGACCUUCCUGAAGGAGGCCCAGGGCCACAAGCACUGUGGGAACUGA